AUGGCAGGAAAGAUUAGCUCCAAAGAUGAGCUGGAGGAACUGAGAGAGGCGUUUGGCAAAGUUGACCUCGAUGGCAAUGGCUCCAUCUGUGACUAUGAGCUCCAUGAGUUGUUCAAGGAGGCAAACCUUCCCCUGCCUGGCUACAAAGUCAGGGAGAUCAUCCAGAAGCUGGAUCGCAACAAGGACAACGAGAUCAGCUUUGACGAGUUUGUAUCAAUAUUCCAGGAGUUGAAGAGCAGUGACAUUGCCAAAAGCUUUCGGAAGGUCAUUAACAGGAAGGAGGGGAUCCUGGCCAUAGGGGGGACAUCUACGCAGUCCAGCGAGGGAACGCAACACUCCUUCUCUGAGGAGGAACGGUACGCGUUUGUCAACUGGAUCAACACAGCGCUGGAGAAUGACCCUGACUGCAAGCACGCCCUGCCCAUGGACCCCAACUCAGACUCCCUCUUCAAGGCCCUGGGCGACGGCAUCGUUCUCUGUAAAAUGAUCAACUUGUCGGUGCCAGACACGAUUGACGAGAGGACCAUAAACAAGACAAAACUGACACCGUUCACGAUACAGGAGAAUCUGAACCUUGCUCUGAACUCUGCCUCUGCCAUUGGCUGCCAUGUGGUGAACAUCGGGGCUCUGGACCUUAGGGAGGGGAAGCCCCACCUGGUGCUGGGCCUGCUGUGGCAAAUCAUCAAGAUCGGCCUGUUCGCUGACAUCGAGCUCAGCAGGAAUGAAGCCCUGGCUGCUCUGCUGAAGAAUGGAGAGACCUUGGAGGACUUGAUGAAGCUGUCUCCAGAGGAGCUGCUGCUGCGCUGGGCUAACUUCCACCUGGAGAACGCUGGCUGGGAGAAAAUCAGUAACUUCAGCUUGGACAUCAAGGACUCCAGAGCCUAUUUCCACCUCCUCAUCCAAAUCUCCCCCAAAUGCACAGAGGAAGACCAGCCACACACAGACAUCAGCAUGGCAGGCUUCAGUGAGAAGGAUGACCUGAAGAGGGCAGAGAACAUGCUUCAGCAGGCUGACAGGCUGGACUGUCGCCAGUUUGUCACACCAGCCGACGUAGUCUCUGGCAACCCCAAACUCAACUUGGCCUUUGUGGCCAAUCUCUUCAACAAGUACCCGUCUCUCACCAAGCCUGAGGGAGAGGGCAUUGACUGGGGCCUGCUGGAAGGUGAGACACGAGAAGAGGGAACAUUCCGGAACUGGAUGAAUUCCCUGGGCGUGAACCCACAUGUCAAUCAUCUGUAUGGAGACCUAACAGACGCCUUGGUCAUCCUUCAGCUUUAUGAAAAGAUAAAAGUACCUGUCGACUGGACCAACAAAGUCAACAAGCCACCAUAUCCCAAGAUUGGAACAAACAUGAAAAAGUUGGAGAACUGCAACUAUGCAGUGGAUCUGGGGAAGAUGACGGCCAAGUUUUCUCUGGUUGGCAUUGGUGGGCAGGACCUGAACGAUGGCAACACCACCCUGACGCUGGCUCUGCUGUGGCAGCUCAUGAGGAGAUAUACUCUGAAUGUACUAGAGGACUUGGGAGAUGGCCAGAUGGCUAAUGAUGACAUCAUUGUCAAAUGGGUCAAUACAACCUUGUCAGAGGCGGGGAAAACAACCAAGAUCUCAAGCUUCAAGGACAAGGAGAUCAGCACCAGUUUACCAGUGGUGGACCUGAUUGAUGCCAUCCAACCUGGCAGCAUCAGCUAUGACCUGGUCAAGACUGGCAGCCUAGCAGCUGAGGACAAGCUGGAGAAUGCCAAAUAUGCCAUUUCCAUGGCGAGGAAGAUCGGGGUGUGUGUCUACGCUCUCCCAGACGACCUGGUGGAGGUCAAGCCCAAAAUGGUUAUGACGGUGUUCGCAUGCUUGAUGGGCCGGGGGAUGAAGUGGCCUUAA